CCGUCAUAGCCCAGUGUCCAGUGCAGGCGAGGAAAGAGACGGAGCAGCAGCAGCAGUAGCAGGGCUCGGUUCUCCCUCCUGCCUGAAGCUGGCUUCCUUGGUGAGGAGGAGGAGCAGGAGCCGCGAUUGGGAGCCGCCGCCCGGAGGAAGCCUGUCUGGCGGCAGCGGCAGCAGCAGCAGCAAUCGGAGGAGGAGGAGCUGCACCAGCGGCGGCGCGGAGCUGGAGCGCCUGCCCGCGAACAUGGCGGCGGUGGAGCAGCACCAGCUCCCGGCCGAAGCCUCCCCGUUUCCCGCUUCCUCGUCCUCCGCGGCGGCGGCGGCGCCUCUCCUUCCGGGGGGCUCGGUGCCGGUGCUGUUCUGCUUCUCGGUCUUCGCGCGGCCCUCGUCGGUGCCCCGCGGGUCGGGCUACGAGGCGCUGAUCCAGAAGUUCCUCAGCCUCUACGGCGACCAGCUGGACAUGCACCGCAAGUUCGUGGUGCAGCUCUUCGCCGAGGAGUGGAGCCAGUACAUCGACCUGCCCAAGGGCUUCGUGGUGGCCGAGCGGUGCAAGGUGCGCCUCGUGCCCCUCCAGAUACAGUUAACCACACUGGGCAAUCUCACACCCUCAAGCACUGUGUUCUUCUGUUGUGAUAUGCAAGAAAGAUUUAGACCUGCUAUCAAGUAUUUUGGAGAUAUAAUCAGCGUGGGUCAACGAUUGCUUCAAGGAGCAAGGAUUUUAGGAAUCCCAGUCAUUGUAACAGAACAGUAUCCCAAAGGUCUUGGAAGCACAGUGCAAGAAAUUGACUUAACUGGGGCUAAACUUGUCUUACCCAAGACAAAGUUUUCUAUGGUAUUGCCUGAAGUCGAGGCUGCACUAGCAGAAAUCCCUGGAGUCCGCAGUGUUGUUUUAUUUGGAGUAGAAACCCAUGUCUGCAUCCAACAGACAGCACUAGAACUGGUAGGCAGAGGUCUGGAAGUUCAUAUUGUAGCUGAUGCAACCUCUUCAAGAAGUAUGAUGGACAGAAUGUUUGCUCUAGAGCGUCUUGCUCGCACUGGGAUUAUUGUUACCACUAGUGAAGCUAUAUUGCUGCAGCUGAUAGCUGACAAAGAUCAUCCCAAAUUCAAAGAAAUCCAAAACCUCAUUAAGGCAAGUGCUCCAGAGUCAGGGCUUCUUUCCAAAGUAUAAAGAGGACAUUUUUGGGUGUGUGUGUGAAUAAAAUGGCAAUGUAAUUGUACUUACGCAAACACUCUCAAACACACAUUCACUUGCACAUGUGUGCUUAUACGCACAUGUGUGCUUGCACAUACGACUCGCACGCACACCCCUUCUGCAAAUUGAUGUAUCUGUGCUUGCCUUAGCAGAAAAUGUCUGAUUAUGCUGUCCAGGAGCCCAUUUAUUCUGUUAGUCAUAGCUCUUUUAUUUUUUGUCAGAACAAACUUUGAAAACAGAGGUGCCUGUUUGUCUGUACUGUACCCACUGAUUGUAACACAGCUCCAAAUAAAUUGCAUAUUUUUUGUGAAACCUCUUUUGACUGUAAAAUUAUACUGUGGCAUUGUUUUACAUUUUGUAUUAAUAAUAUAAUAUGACAUAGAUACAUGUGUAUAAUAUUUUAUUAAUCUAUAAAUGAAACCAUAUUUUAAUUAAAAUUGAAUAUAUACAUGGGAGAAUAGCUGCUUUAGAAAUGGAGAAACAUAUUAGAGACAAAAUGAAUGUGUAGAUGCAUUAUUGUUAGUUUCUUAACUAGCUAGGCUGAUACUUGAUUGUUCAGUACUUUAUUACUACUUGCUGUUCCAAAGUUCUUUACUGUGAAGUUCCAACUGGAAAGAGUGCAGGUUCAUGUUCACUUUUAAAUCCUAGGCAAUUCUGUCGACUUAUUAAUGGGAAUUUAUGAAUGAUAUUUAAGAAGGAGUUUAAUUCAUUUGUAGACAAUUCUAGCUCCUCAUUUCUAAAUAUGAAAAUAUUUUUUCUGUAUGUGUUGAGGGAUUUAUUUGUAAUCCCAGUUUUGCAUUAUUUCAAGCAAAGCUUUGGUUAAAAAUCGGUUCAUUGAAUUUCACGACUGAUAUUUUAAUACAGAUACUAAAUAGUUUUUCAAGGAAAUCUGAUAUAUUUUAAAAAGGGCAUCUGUUACUUGAUGGAGUGAUUUAUAGCUUGCAAAUUAAGUUGAGUAACAGUUCUCUUACUACAUGCCAAUUACUCAUGUUAUAAAUGACUGACAACAUUCCAAUGUUUGUAUCAAGAAUAUAUGUGGGUUUCUAGGAAGGAAUUUUGCAGAAUGACACACAAUAUUAAUCCUUUUAAGAAACUGAUACAUUAUUGGAGAGUUCUUAUUUUUUCCACAAACCCUGGUUCUAGAAAUUAUCUUGAGGUGUUUAAAUAAAUGCAUAUGUUUACUAUGUCAAAUUAUUUUAUGUAAAAGUUGAUCAUUUUAUACUUUUGCUAUGGUCUCUUAGAACAAGAUGUUAGGACUCGUCAAAAUCUUAUGGGGGGGGGGCUUGGGUUAAUUUGACGAAGGGUAGCAUAUGAAAAUCCCAUACUUUCAGUUAUUUAAAGAAAAUACAAACUUGUUGCAAUUUAGAAUGUGAAAUAUGUAGACAGAGAAAAAUAGGAUUGAGGAAAUAACUGUCCCACAUUUAGUGACCUACUUUUGGUAUCUUUUCUGGUAUAUUAAUCAGCUGUUGAGCUGACUAAAGUAUAAAUGAACAGCUGUGCACCAAAACCCAAUAUAUUAUUUCAUGGUAGGAAGAUUUGCUGAUCCAUCAUGAGGAUAUGAAUGUUAUUGUUGGAGAUAUGGUAUCCAUACACAUCAGAAUUUUUUAAAAAUACACAUAGCCAAGUUUUGGAAGUAUUUUGUCUUGCGUUGUGAAGAUUCUGGCAUUAAGAAAUUUAGGCCACAAGCCUGAAGUUCUUUCAACCAUUAUUUGAUAUAAAUGGCCUUGUUCCGAUGACAUUUCCACGAGAAAUAUUAUUUGAAUUUCAAAUGAUGUGAUCACAAUGGUUAAUGGCUCUGUGUGGGAAGGCAGGCAAUUUACAGGUUUAGGCUAUAGCUCUAACUGCAAUAACUCUUGUUUCUCUGUUGAAGCAGAGCUGCUUCAUUUUUAGUACCAUAUAUAUUCAGGUAUCAGUUUAGAAAUGUUGCCAAAAAAAUCAACUAAAAAGAAGAUGGCUUGGGUUAUCUAUGGGUCCUGCACCUUACCUCUUACCAAAAAAGGAACCAUCACUUUCUCUGAGUAGAGCGGUGAAAGAAGAGAGCUUUGUCUACUCUGAGAGAAUAAAAGAAGCACCAACCUCCUCUAUGGCGCUGCUUCUGGCUUUUUUGAAUGCCUGGGUGGGGAAGUGGCCAGGAGCAGCUGGACCUCAGAGGUAGCAUUGGUAGCUUCCCCUUUCUGUGGAAUGACCCUCGACUUAUCCAUGGACCAUAUAAAAAUCUAUAGUUUUGCCUCCAAAGCUUGCCCUUGACUUAUACAUGUGGUUGAUUUAUGGUACAUCUGUAUUUGUCAUAUUUGUCACAUUUCAGUCUAAGUUCAUCAGUCUGUACUCUUUGAUAAUCUUCUGUAACUGGACACUCUUCAGACAUCAUGAACUUCAACUUGUGUGAUCUGUCACUAGUACCCUGGGAGUUGUAGUCCAUUAAAUCUGAAUGUGCCAGGUUGGAAAGCUGUCUCUUACUUGAAAUAAGGAAUAUACUUUUGGGAAAAAGCCCUCAAUACAAACAUCCUCUUUUAGAUUGUGCUUGUUGAUGCUCCAGCAGAUGUUUUAAUUCACAUUCUGUUGAAAAUGUUUAACUUGCUUCCAGUAGCUUAUUUAUUUUGAAAGGGAGUUCCAUUGUAUUUGGAAGUGAUUACUUCCAAGUAAAUGUUUGUAGGAUUAAACCAAAUACCUAAAUUAAAGUCAGUGUUCAGGAAA